CCCAAGCAUUAUAGCCGUCGUCAUAGACAAGUGCGCACCAAUCAAUAGCUAAACUUGAAGCUACUACAGGCGCUUCACAGCCCUACGAGACUGCGCUUCUUCACCGUUACGCUAGCAGGCAGACAAUGUAUGUCCAUAUAGGGAACAUUCCGCGCUGAACAGGAGUGACAGUGGACAAAAUCCUGCGUGUACGCGCCUACUCUAAGUUUCCGAGAUGGUGGGGGUUCCAGGACGCUCCAAAGGCUGUGUGACGUGCCGAAAAAGAAAGAAAGGCUGCGAUCUAGUCCAGCCUGAGUGCGGUCAAUGCAAAGAACGCGGGAUAGCAUGCGGAGGCUACGACUCAGAUCGCAUAUUCAUCUACCAGAAAGGAAGCGGGCCUACCCGUCCUGCACCAAGAUUAGGACGCCACGCGACAGCUGAGAAAUCUCCCGGACAGCCACCUCGCCAAGGCAUGCAGAUGAUGCGAUUCAACCCUGUAUCGAGUCCAGGAACACAGAAAACAUGUUCCAUCUCGAUGCCAAUUAUGCUGCCAGAUGCGCUCGCGAGGUCUGCUUACAGCGAGAAGACUAUUGCGACUUUCUUGAACAUGUACAACCCACAGGGCGUAAUCCACACCACCAACACAGACGCGAAGGAGUUUGUUAGCUUGCUACCCUUGCUUAGUACGCGUGAUGAAGCACUGCAGAUGGCUGCUCUGGCAGUUGGCAUAACGCAGCUUGGGAUGACUUCGGACAAUGAAGCUCUCACGCGGCAAGGAAGAACACUGUACGGCAAAGCUCUCAAGGAAACAGCAGUUGCUUUACAAAACCCUGUUCGAGCGAGUAGCGAGUCACUGCUUGUUGUACCGCGAAUCAUGGCUCUCUUCGAUAUGCUGUUCGGCGCAGAAGCGAACACGACCAACCAGGCGAAGAGCUGGCUCAGUCACUGUGAAGGCGAGCUAGCCAUGAUAGUCAGCCGUGGCCCGGAGAUGUUCGCAGAAAACGACGCAGCGCAUAGACUCUUCACUAAUGCAAGAUACCGGCUACUUGGGCCUGCCACCCGUAGCAGGAAACCAACCAUACUCAAUGAGGAAGAAUGGAAAACGAUACCUUGGAGAGGCCGGACCAAGUCGUCUGACGAUGUUCUAAUUGACGUCCUCUGCGGUAUACCCGAGCUUUUGAACGCUGUGGACAAGCUACAGUUCGAAUGUAUGAGUGAACAAGAAAGAGAAGGGCUGCAAGUAUACACAAUAGCAAAGUGUUGGACACUGCACUUCGAGCUCGAAGCCUGGGCUAAUGCGGAGGCAAACGCCAUCUACAUACCUGAGUUUGUUAGCAACGCGACGCCAAUUACCUUUCCCAACAUCGACAUAGCUUGUGUCACAGUACGCUACUGGUUGACAGCUCUUCUCCUAUACUCAUCCCUCGACAUCGCAACAGGCAUCGACCCUUCUACCGACCCCCUACUCUCACACCCGGAUCGCCCACACCCCCGACCGUUUGCGAGAAUGAUCAUGAAGUCAGUCGACUACUUCCUUCAGGAGCAGUUCGGCGUAACGGGUAUCAUGGCUAUUUGGAUGCCACUAGGCCACGCGCUGUUCUAUCUGAAUAGAAACCGGGAGCCUGAUGAGGAAUACAUAAUGAGCAUCAUGCGGACUUGGCACAAACCAAAGCUGCCGAGUACGAUGAGAGAGUUCUUGAAGAGCUUCAGGGAAACGGUUGAUAUAAAGACUUUGCUAGCGACGCCCAUGAGCGAGUUGUAAAGUGGAACUCAGGCGACCUAGGCCGUCGCAAGAACAUACAAAAUACACACACAAAAACUAGGGGUCAGAACGGAUAUGGGAUGAGCUAUAC